CAUCCUACCUCUGAUAUCCUGGUGCAACGAUUUCCGCAUCACUCCCGAAAGACUUCGCCUGCAGUCAAGACGGGUGCAGAUACUACGAGCAUCGUUCCCGGUUCCCUUUCUGCAUCGUCAUCAUUUAUCUCUUCGCCUAGAAUCGCUUUCCCACAGACCCCUUUUCGCCAUCUGGUGCCUUCUUCUAGCCUCGUAGUGAUUCGCCAGCGCGUUGCUGCUACUACAACUAGCUUGCUGGCUUUGUUCGGCUUCCUCUCGCUCAGCCUGAUCGCUUUUCCUACACCAUAUCCUUCUAUUUCCCCUUACACUUUGUCUUCUUAUGGCUUAGAUUUCGCCUCUAACGAUCAUCAAAUGGCUUUGAAUACCGGACGCACCUAUCCUGGAUCGGCGGCAUAUUCGGAGAUUGGCUCAGUGUGGUCAUCCAAUUUGCCUGCUACAGGAAGCUUUCCGUCCGCCGAUUUGCGGACUGAGGGACAAAAGCAAUCUAGUUUUUGGUUUAACUUGGGUAGCAUUUUCAGUUUGGACUUCCUUCAUUCUCUUGGCUGGUUCUCAAAUCCACCUCUUGAACAGCUAGGAGGUCAGUUUUCCUUUUUUUAA